AUAGGACAAUGGAUCUGGCCAAACCCACAUCUGCACUCCCCCACAGAAGUAUUACGCUUUCCUCAUGCAUGGGUUCGCUGUUAAUCAUAUUUUUCCUGGCACGGGCUGUGGCACCAGCAACUGGCUCGUUUGUCGGUCUCUGUGACAGAAGCGACAGGGAAGCCUCAUGAGUUCCCAGUACCGUCAAGUCAUAGCCCCGGCCGUGUUCCUGCUACUGGGAAUAGCAGGGAUUCUACUGGUCGUCAUCCCGAUUGACGACGUGAGGGAACCUCCACAAUUCAUGUAUGGAGUAGUCCUGGAUGCUGGCUCGUCCCACACUGCUAUGUACAUCUACAAGUGGCCAGCUGAUAAACAAAAUGGCACUGGCAUUGUCACUCAGCACAGCGAGUGCCAUGUCAAGGGAGGAGGGGUAUCCAGCUAUGCAGGUGAGCGAGGGGGUGCAGGACGCAGUCUGGAACCCUGUCUGGAUCAGGCUUUGAAAGACAUCCCCAAAUCCAGACACCACCUCACCCCAUUGUAUCUGGGAGCCACAGCGGGUAUGAGGCUUCUGAAUAUAUCCAACCCCAUAGAGUCAGAGAAGAUACUAAAGGAAGUUGGCAGCAAGCUGCAUACUUAUCCUUUCGACUUCAGAGGGGCGACCAUCAUGAGUGGACAGGAGGAGGGGGCAUAUGCCUGGGUCACUGUAAACUACCUGUUAGAGAACUUUAUCAAGUAUGGCUUUGUGGGGCAUUGGCUUAGUCCUGGCAGAGAUACAGUGGGUGCUCUGGACUUCGGAGGCGCCUCCACUCAGAUUACCUUUGAGACCGCAGACGUGGUGGAGGACAAGAGUAACGUCAUGGAGCUGCAUCUUUAUGGUAGAGACUACCACCUAUACACACAGAGCUUCCUGUGCUACGGCAGGGACCAGGUCUUACGCAGACUGCUGGCUCACUUGGUUAAGACUCAAGGUGCUGGGCCCCAUGUAUCACACCCCUGCUAUCCAGCAGGUUUCAAUGUCUCCAUGAAGUUGGACAAGGUGUUUGACUCCCCAUGCACGGCAGACCAAAUGCCCACUCCCUACAGCCCCCAGGACCCCCUGAUGGUGAUUGGAACGGGGCAUUACCAGCACUGCCUGGGAAACAUGUCCAAGAUAUUCUCCUUUGACAGGUGCUCUUUCUCCAAGUGCUCCUUUGAUGGAGUCUUUCAGCCCAACGUCACUGGUAGCUUCAUGGCGUUCUCUGCCUUCUUCUACACUCAUGUCUUCCUGCAGCGCACCACUGGCAUCACUGUAACAUCCCCCACUCUACUGGAUGGAGCCACCCACACUGUCUGCAACAUGAGCUAUCAGGAAAUGCUAGAGAAGGCCCCAGACCAGAAGGGUCGUCUACAGGAUUACUGUGCAGCCUCUGUCUUUAUCCAGGUCCUCAUGCUCCAAGGCUAUGGCUUUGAUGAGCUCUCCUUCCCUCGGAUCUCUUUUCAGAGAAAGGCAGGAGACACCUCAAUUGGCUGGGCCCUGGGUUACAUGCUGAGUCUGAGCAGUCUGUUGCCAGGGGAGAGCAUGGGACUGAGGAAGGCUCUGCGCCCCGAGGCCUGGGCUGGUCUCAUCUUCCUCUUUGUCUUCCUCAUCCUCAUUGUGUCUGUAUUUCUUCUACUGAAGACCUGCCAAAAGAAGGACAGUGACGGCCUCAUCUAAGGUCUUCAAAGCACCAUUUGAUUACUGUUCUUCCCAAUCAGAAUCAUGCACUUAUCAGUCCUAGAGUUUGUCAUUCCAAUGUCACAUUUUUUAGAGGAGGCUACAGGAGAAAAGUAUAUCCAAAUUUACAAAGAGAUAUUUCAUUUGAAGUCAGAUGUAUUGUUGACCAUUUAUACUACAUUUUGUACAAGUUUUUGACAUUUGGUAAUGUUUAAGUGAUUUAAUGUCAUGUACUGUAAUUCCAAACCAUUCUAUCUCGAGUACAUGUUUUAUAAUCAAGGAAACUGAGGAUAGAUUUGUAGUAGCCUAUAUGCAGGUAUGUGAGAGGUAAAAUUUAAGUGCUAUAUAAGCAUUUCCGUUUAACCUCACAUAUACCGGAGUAUAUUACAAUGCUGUAAUGCAAGUGAGCCAUCUGAAUUCAUGAAUUGUUUUUUUUGUGCGGUUGUUAGACUGUGUUAACUCAGGACUCUGUUGUUUGUGUGUGUCAUUCUUUGCUAGCAUGUCAUAACAUUUUAAAUGAGUUACAUUUAUUGCUUUUUCCUUGUUGAUAAUCUGUCAUUUUGACAGACCGUACCAAAGCAAGACUAAAAAGAAAAGGAAACCAAAAUAAUAAAAAUCUAUGAAAACCACAACCUAUUAUGUAUUAUCUGGCUGAUGUGACCUCAAUUAGUAGUCUUGGUGGUCAUAUCAAUGUUAUGACAUUGCGGUGACAGCUAAACAUUUUGCUUUAUUAAAAUGCUUUUUUUUAUUGGAAAAUCACUUCAUAGAGCCCUUGAGACUUAGAUAGUCUUGUUCAUGUCCCUGUUGACUGUUCCUAAUUCAUGUUGUAUUCUUGAAUCCGGGUUCCAAUAUGUAAUUCUAUGGAGAAGCGGAAAUAAUUGCGUUUCGGGUUGUUUGUGCACAUCGGCCUCUUUACUGGGUGCACUGCUUACAGGAAUCGUGCGUAAUUAGCUAAAAAUAAAGUAUCGAACUUGUAGUCA